AAAAAAAACGAAAAGUGGACGUUGUCAACAUUAGAUUGUUGCUAGUGCCUCAGUCCGAUCAGUGCGAAACUUGUUUGCCUUUGGACCUUCUUAAAGAGGGACAAGUUGAGUCGAGGCAUAUUCUGUGUGACUUUGCUAGAGUGCCAAGAAAAAUCCGUCACAAUGAGAUCGUUAGGGUUCUUGUGUAUUUUGGUCAUUCUCAUUGAGAGUUCUACAUUUGCGUUGGAACUAAACCUCCGUGAUGAUUUCCAAUUUGCCAUCACAACGAGGAGGGACUUCAACCAGGACUGUUCGGGAACGGCUGAACUACGACGAUCGGGUGACAACCGUUUGGAGCUAGUCGCCGAGGAUCAAUCCAAAUUACCAAGAAGCCAUCGACGCAAUGUGGAUUAUUUGAUUGUUGGAACGUGUUGCUUUGAAAUGUACAGCAAGCCCUAUUAUCGAGGAACCCGAGAACUCUAUCUACCUGGACAAAGGGGAACCCGUCGACGAUUAGGCUCCAUCGCCAAAGUAGCGUGUCCAACGACAGAGAGCAAAUAAAUUCAAGUGUGAAAGCGA